UGUUCUACCCAGACCGCACCGCCCACCACCACCAUGCUCUCUCUCUCCUCUCCGCUUCCCGUCCCUCCGUUUGUCGCCACCGCUCGCGUCAGAGCCCGGCGGCCGUCCGCCGUCUCUGCCGUGACCUUCACAUCCUUCGCCACCAAGAAAUCGCAGCAGCACCGCCAGCAGUACCAGCACCAAAACCCUCCGUGGCUCCACCGGUCGCCGCCGUGCGCAACGCCUUACGAGAUCCUCGGGAUCCCUGCCGGCGCCACGAGCAAGGAGAUCAAGGCCGCGUACCGGCGCCUCGCCAGGGUCCUGCACCCCGAUGCAGCGGCACCGGCGGCGGCCGAGUUGGGAGCGAAGGACUCCUCGGCCGACGACCGGUUCAUCAGGCUCCACGACGCGUACUCGACGCUGCUGGACCCCGAGAAGCGAGCGGUCUAUGACCGGAGGAUCAUGCUGGCCUGGAAGAGGAAGAGGCCGGCCGCGACGGCCGUCGCCGCCGGCGUCUCCGCGUACGGCGGUCGGAACUGGGAGACGGAUCAGUGUUGGUAGUAGCCAGCGAGUUUUCGCGACUCCGCCGGAUCGACCGAUUCAGCUUCCUAAGUUAGAAGAGACCGAGGAGGAUCGAUAGUGUAAAGACGAUAGGUUGGUUGAGAACUUGAGAGAGAGAGAGAGAGAGAGAGAG